AUGGGAGACGAAGUAGCUGAGAUGUUCAAUCAGGCGUUGGAGGAAAUGCUUCUUUCGAUCGAAGAAAGUCUUUGCAAGGCGGGCGAAGCCAUUAGCACCGUUAUAGGCUUCAUCGACGCCAAAGGCGAGCACGUGAAGCUGUUGGGACAUUUACAGGCGACCGCCCAUUUCGAUCGCAUUGCCUCCUCCCUCCAAGGCCCUCCACCCGCCCAAGAGUUAAGCGCAGUCGCGCGGGACGCUUUGAAUGUGUUGCGGCUGACGCUGCACCCGAUAUUUUCCCUGGUGGAUAGGAGCGGCGAAGAGGUCGAGCGUGUGGUGGCCGAGCUUCGUUCUCUUGGCGUCGAGGAGGUGAAUCGUGGCGUUGUAGACGAUAAGAUGACUGGCCUGGUGCGCAUCCGUGACGAUCUUGGUGUCCUCCAGGAGGUCCAACCGGCUCGGCUAGCGACCUUUUCCCGGGCGCUGCAAUCCCCUGCGGCGGUUCCCAUCUCUAUCCGCGAUGAAGCGUUUAAUGUCGACUUGGAGUUCCUUGACGCUAUGACGGUGUCUUUGACCUUCGCACAAGCUGACGACACCAUGAAGGAAGUUGUCGGAGGGGUAAGACCUGACCCUCGUUUGCGGCGUACUUUUGAGGCUGACGUCCUAUGGAGCUCCAGCAGGAGUGAAGGCCGCCGGAGGCCAUACAUGAGACGAUCUUCCGGUACAUCCGCGUCGUCGCUCGUAAAGGCAACAAGAAGCUUCAUCUUCCCAACACCCCCUCUCCCUCUUUUUCCCUUGUUUCUGUCUCUUUUUCGUUCGGUUUGGAGACGACGCCGCAUCGUCCGCUCGCAGUAG